GACAGUCUGCUUUCCACGCACGGAUAACGAGACAGUGAGCUCUUUCUGGAUAGAACGAGGGGAGAGUGGAAGAUAAGGAGAGGAAAUUACGGAAGAGGGAAGAAGAGGAAAAAGUGAGCGGAAGACCAAGAGAAGAGACGCACACGUUUCCCCAACUGGAAAGAGAGAGGAAGAAAGUGUGUGUGAAAGCGAUAAACAGAAGGAGAGAGUGUGUGCGUGCGCUUUCACCACUCUCCACUUCUUUCACCGCUGACCCUCCUCAUGUCGCUCCCCGGCUCCCCUCCGCUCCUCUCGCCGGGCUCGGGCGCCCCAACACCGGUCGCGCUCUACAGAUCUGCCCCGGAUGCGCUCCACACAUCCAUCGCCUCCACCGGCACCUCCAGCCCGGCGCACACCAACUCCAACUCGCACUCUCACUCCCACUCCCUGUCCCCAUCUCCGCGGCUCACCAGCAGCAUGCUCAGCGCUUUCCUGCCGGGACCAGGAGGCGCGCUGGCCGGCUUGGGGAACGGCGGCACCACUCCUCUUGUGUCCGGAGGCGGCGCAGCUCUGGGUCCUCUGAGCGGGCUUGGCUCGCUAAGCACGGCCGGCCUGACUCCGGGCUCCCCCAGCUUGGCGCAGACUUCGUCCAGCUCGGGUCUGUGCAGUGAGUGCAAGCUGGUGGAGGUGCACGGCGUGAAGGUGGCCAGUUUCAGCGUGGACGGCCAGGAGCUGAUCUGCCUGCCGCAGGUGUUCGACCUCUUCCUGAAGCACCUGGUGGGCGGGCUGCACACGGUCUACACCAAGCUGAAGAGGCUGGACAUCACACCGGUGGUGUGCACCGUGGAGCAGGUGCGCGUCCUGCGGGGACUCGGCGCCAUCCAGCCCGGCGUGAACCGCUGCAAGCUCAUCUCCAGGAAGGACUUCGAGACGCUGUACCAGGACUGCACCAGCGCCAGCUCUCGUCCGGGCCGUCCUCCCAAGCGUUGUUCUGGUGCAGGGAUCCAGGAAAGCCCCAGGCUGCUCCACCCGGGCCUCCCCGGCCUGCUGUCCCCCAGCCUGCUGUCCCAUACCGGCCUGACAGCUGCAGCCAUGGCCGAGCUCCAGAAGCUUCAGAAGAUGAAGAUGAUGAUGAGUCUCCAGAACGGCAAUGAGUCAGACAACGAGGACCUACACUCCAAUACAGGAGGAAGUGAGUGUUCCUGGGAUAAAGAGCGUCUGACCAGCCCCCCUGCUGGUGCCCACAGUGGAGGGCCAGGAGGAGGAGGAGGUGGAGGAACACCAGCAGUGGGAGGAGGAGGAGGAGGAGUAGGAACUGGUGGUGCAGCGGGAGGUGCCGGGAGGGGGCCAGCCUUAGGAGCUGUCAAUCAACAGCAGCAACUCCAGCAGCAGCAGCAACAGCUACUGGCUAACAGGUUGGAUCUGCCAUUCAUGAUGAUGCCCCACCCUCUGUUGCCCAUGGGGCUGCCGCCUGCAUCUGUUGCCAUGGCAAUGUCCCAGAUGAACCACCUAAGCACCAUUGCCAACAUGGCUGCAGCAGCCCAGCAGAUACACACUCAUGUACACCGUGCACCUGUCAUCAAGGAGAGAGUGUGCGACAGCCCCUCUCUCUCUCCAUCUGUUGACGAAACCAACACUCCUCUGCAGUCGCAGCCCAGCAGCUCGGCCUCCAGCUCGCCUGAAAGACUGGGAUUGGUGUCAACUGAUGCAGAUGUUGCGCUGACCAACUCUUCUGCACCCAUCAAGAAAAUAACGAAGGACAAAGAAGAGUCUUCGCUCGGACAAACCCUGCCGCCCGGGUUUCCUGCUCCGUUCCUGUUUGCCGACGGCCUGUCGUCAGUGGAGACCCUGCUCACCAACAUACAGGGCCUGCUGAAGGUGGCUGUGGAGAACGCCCGGGCGCAGGACAAACAGAUCCAGGCGGAGAAGAGGGAGCUGAAGAUGGAGCUCUACAGAGAACGAGAGAUGAGGGAGAGUCUGGAACGGCAGCUCACCUCUGAACUACAGAGCAGAGCCUCCAUCCAGAAGCGGCUGAAGAAGGAGAAGAAGGCCAAGAGGAAGCUGCAGGAGGCGCUGGAGUUCGAGUCGAAGAGGAGGGAGAGGGUGGAGGACGCUCUGAAACACUCGUCCUCGUCCUCCCCUUCUCCUGAGCCGCUGCACGCUGCCAACAACAACAACAACAACAAGAACGACGCUGCUGUAGCCGAGGACAAACCUGAAGUUAAUGGGAACCAGCAAGACAACGGCGCUGUACAAGAAUCCCGGCCGUUUCUCAAGACUCCCAUGAUGUUCUAGAGAGAGACCCCGCCUCCAGAAACCCAGCCCCUGCACAGAAGAACUCCACCAGCCCGCUUCCAUGGCAGCCUGGAUCACCACAAAUAUGAACCUCCCCAGGCGGGAUUCUACCUUUGCUGCAAUGCGACCUUUUUUGACUUUGCUACGUUAAAAUGGGACUACUAAGAGACAAACUCCCUAUCUGGACUUAAUCUGGGGGCUGUCUCUCUACCUUCUCCUUCUUCUUUUCAGACAAACUUCACUCCAUUAAUUCCUCUUAUCUAUUCCUGCAGCAGAACUCGUUCCUCAUUUGUUUCCAAAACUGAAAACUGAAAGCCAUUCCCAAGGAUUUAAAAUAAUAAUUAAAAAAAGGAAGCAAGAAGCAAAUGGGCUGGAAUGACGUCAACGUACUCUCAGAUUUGGACAGAUGAGAAUCGGCUUGGUUGGACGUAAU